AUGAGUCUCUUAAGCUGGAACUGCCGGGGGUUUGGGAACCUCCGGACAGUUAAAGCCUUGGAAAAGGUGGUGACCAAGGAAGAGCCCAAGGUUGUGUUUUUGAUGGAGACAAAGUCGAAACGGGAAUGGUUAGAGAAAGUGAAGGAUCGUUGUAAGAUGAAACAUGGUUUAAUUGUGCCUAGUGAUGGAAGUAAGGGUGGGUUAGCUCUGUUGUGGAAGGAAGGAAUUACUGUGAAGAUUAACACAUAUGCUCAGGAUCACAUAGAUGCUUGGAUUGAAGGAGGAUGGGAUGGCGGUAGCUGGCAUUUCACCGGGUUUUAUGGUAAUCCUGAUACAGCGCAGCGCCCGAAGUCAUGGGCCAAGUUAAAAUCCCUUAAGGGAACAACCUCGGUGCCAUGGCUCGCCAUUGGAGAUUUCAAUGAAAUAACGGGACUCACGGAGAAAGAAGGUGGCCGUGUACGUCCAAGGAGGCAGAUGGAGAAUUUUGUUGAUGCUAUAAACUACUGUGGUUUUAGGGAGGUGGACUUCAUUGGACCGAAAUACACUUGGUGGUAUCAUCGAGCGGAUGGGAUGCAUAUUCGGGAACGACUUGAUAGAGCGUUGGCUAACAAGGAAUGGAUGGAUUUGUUUCCCGCUGCAAAAUUAUACCAUCUCUCUUCCUCGGCAUCUGACCACUCACCACUCUCACUUCAUCUGGUGCCAAAAAGGAAGAAAAAGAAAAUAAGGAAGAGUUUUAGAUUUGAGUCGAUGUGGUUGAAGGAUAGUAGGUGUGAGGAGAUUGUUAAAGCGGCAUGGGAGAUAGGGGAACACUCCGGUGCAGAGGGUGUAUUGAAGAGUUGUUUGGAGCAUUGCAGACAUGACUUAGAGAAAUGGAAUAAGGAGGAGUUUGGACACGUGGGAAGGAAAAUUUCUGAGCUUCAACAAAAAUUGGAGUGGUUGGAAUUACAGCCAUCUAGUUCGGGUAUAUUGGGCGAGUUAAGGACCACGAGAGUUAACCUUAACAAGUGGCUAGAGAAAGAAGAUGAAAUGUGGAGACAGAGAUCAAGAUUGAACUGGUUUCAAGGAGGCGACAGAAAUACUAGUUUUUUUCAUGCGAAAGCUUCGGCUAGACACCAGAAAAAUUAUAUUGAUGGCAUAGUUGAUGAGCAGGGGAGGUGGCAGGAGGAUGAGUUGAAGAUUGAGGAAGUUGCUGUGGCCUAUUUUGAGAAGCUUUUUACUUCAAGCAAGCCAGAAGAGUUCUCCGAAAUAUUACAUGUUGUCCAACCGAAAGUCACAACUGAUAUGAUCGUUGAACUGACCCGAGUGUACACGGCACAGGAAGUGAGAUUGGCCUUGAAGCAGAUGUACCCACUGAAAGCCCCUGGCCCCGAUGGUAUGCCCCCCCUUUUUUUCCAACAUUUUUGGAAUACUUGUGGUGAAGUUGUAACAAGCACAGUGUUAGAUUUCCUCAAUCAUGGUAUGUCUCCUCCAAAUUUUAAUGAGACUCAUAUUGUGCUUAUUCCAAAAAUAAAUGAACCGAAACAUGUUUCUGAUUAUAGGCCGAUUAGUCUAUGCAAUGUAACCUAUAAGAUAGCUUCUAAAGCAAUAGCAAACAGGCUGAAAAAAUUCCUCCCAUCCAUUAUUAGUGACACCCAAAGUGCCUUUGUGCAUGGAAGGUUAAUCACGGAUAAUGUUCUGGUAGCCUUUGAGACUAUGCAUCAUAUUAGUAGGAAAAAAGGGAGUAAAGUGGGUGAGAUGGCCAUUAAACUUGAUAUGAGUAAGGCUUAUGAUAGGGUAGAGUGGGUUUUUGUGGAGAAAAUUAUGAAGAAAUUGGGUUUUGAUAUUAAAUUGAGGAGUUUGAUCAUGCAAUGUAUUACCACAAUAUCCUAUGCUAUCAAGAUCAAUGGUCGCCCUAGAGGUCGCAUUAUUCCUUCAAGGGGUAUCCGACAAGGAGACCCCCUAUCACCUUAUUUAUUUCUAUUGUGUGCAGAAGGGUUAUCUGCUUUGAUUAAAGCUUCAGUGGGUAAUGGCAGCAUGGAGGGGAUUGCUAUCUGUCGUGGGGGUCCUCAGCUCUCCCAUUUAUUUUUUGCUGAUGAUAGCCUCAUCUUUUGCAAAGCAACUAUUGCAGAAUGUGACGCCUUGCAAAGAGUCUGUAAUACUCCGAAGGAGAUCCAGGAAGAGAUCAAAGGAAGAUUUGGUGCCCAAGUAAUCAAGCAGCAUGAAAAAUAUCUUGGCUUGCCGUCUCUUGUGGGCAAAAUCAAACGCAGCACUUUUAAUGAUAUAAAGGAAAAGCUGGGUAAGAAAUUGUCUGGAUGGAAAGAGAAGUUGUUAUCCAAAGCCGGAAAAGAAAUAUUGAUUAAAGCAGUGGCGCUAGCUGUACCAACUUACACAAUGAGCUGUUUUAAACUGCCAAAUAAUCUUUGUGAUGAGUUAACAGCUAUGAUAAGGAAGUUUUGGUGGGGCCAAGUGAAGAACGAAAAUAGAAUCCCUUGGUUGAGUUGGGACAAAAUGUGUGAAUCAAAGUCAAAUGGAGGUAUGGGUUUUAAGAACCUUAAACUUUUUAAUCUGGCUUUGUUGGCGAAACAAGGGUGGAGACUCCAGGUAGGCCAAGACUCUCUAGUUUAUAGAGUGUUGAAGGCGAAAUAUUUCCCAAGGUGUGAGUUUAUCCAUGCAUCACUUGGCAAUAAUCCAUCAUACUCGUGGCGAAGUAUUAUGGCAGCCCAAUCAUUAGUCAAAAAAGGCUUGAAGUGGAGGGUUGGGAAUGGAGCAAGCAUUCGCGUAUGGGAGGACAAGUGGUUGCCUACUCCUCCAUCUCACAAAGUUAUUACCCCAAGGCUUUUCCUACAUGCGGAUACCAGGGUGGCAGAUUUGCUAGACAGUGAAAAAGGGGAGUGGCGGACUGAGGUUAUUGAUACGGUAUUUUUACCGCAUGAGGCUGACAGUAUCAAAAGCAUUCCCAUUAGUGCCCGGCUACCACCGGAUAAACUUAUUUGGUCCAAAACACCGAAUGGUUUAUUUACGGUGAGGAGUGCGUACAAGUUGGCUGUGAACCUGCUCUCAAUGCCUAACAAAGGUGCCCCGUCGGAUGCUAGCAAAAUGAGGAGUUUUUGGAGAAGGGUUUGGAGCAUCCCGGUACCUCACAAAAUUCGCCAUUUUAUGUGGCAUGCAUGUCGUAAUGCCUUGCCAACAAAGGACAACCUGCUGCGCCGGAAAAUAGUUCAGGAUGAGGUGUGUGAAGACUGCAAAGAGGCGCCGGAGUCAGUGUUUCAUGUCCUGUGGGAGUGUCGGAAAGCUAGAGUGGCAAGGGAGUGUUCUAAGAUGGUGUUUCCAGACCUGGGUGGUUCAUCCCUGUCCUUCGUCGACGUAACGUGGAAGCUGAUAAUGCAGGAGGAUGUGGGUGAGGAGCACGUGGCUCAGGUUGCCACGACGGCAUGGGCAGUAUGGCACAACCGGAAUGAGGUCAGGUGUGGCAGAGUAAGUAAGACGGGGAGGCAGAUAUUCAGUUGGGCAACAGAGUAUCUUCGAGAGUACAGAGCGGCGAAUCAGCUUGACCGCCCAGUGGUUCCGACGCCUCAGCGGAGUGUCAGGUGGACUCCUCCACGGGAUGGUCUUUUCAAGAUCAACGUUGACGGAGCUAUUUUCAAAAAACAGAGAGCAGUGGGCGUUGGGGUAGUAAUCCGUGACAGUGAGGGUAGGCUUGAAGCAGCUCUAAGUAGGAAGAUCCAGUUGCCGUUAGGAGCAGCAGAGGUUGAAGCCAAAGCAGUCGAGGUAGGCCUGCUCUUUGCAAAGGACGUCGGUGUAAGGGAUGUUGUACUGGAAGGUGAUUCAACAGUGGUUUAUAAUGCUUUAUGUAACUGUUCCCGGGCCCCAUCCACAAUAGCUGCUGUGACUAAUGGGAUUCAAGACAUAGGCAAAGAAUUUAGAAGUAUUGAGUAUUCUCACGUGCGGAGACAAGGGAACAUGCCGGCCCAUAUUUUAGCAAAGAAUGCAUCUAGCAUAAAUGAUUAUGUUGCUUGGAUUGAAGAGGAACCUUGCUGUAUUAUGCAAGCUCUUAUCCAUGAUGUAACCUCUUUUUCGUAG